UGAAACAAACCAUCUAUGAAAGGUAGCCGGCCCAUUGUAUUGGAUUUAGUCUCUCUACAAAACCCCAAAUAACUCCAACGCUCAUCUCAUUUGGCGGAAACCCUAGUAACUCGCAGAAGCUCAGGAGUCAGGUAGCAGCAAGCAGCCAUGGGUGCGUACAAAUACGUGUCCGAGCUAUGGAGGAGGAAACAAUCGGAUGUGAUGAGGUUCGUUUUGAGGGUCAGAUGUUGGGAGUACCGUCAACUCCCUUCCAUUGUUCGCGUCACUCACCCUACUCGCCCUGACAAAGCUCGACGCCUCGGUUACAAGGCUAAACAGGGAUAUGUGAUUUACCGUGUUCGUGUACGAAGAGGUGGUCGAAAGAGGCCUGUGCCAAAGGGUAUUGUGUAUGGUAAGCCAACCAACCAGGGAGUUACUCAAUUGAAGUUCCAGCGUAGUAAGAGGUCAGUUGCGGAAGAGCGAGCUGGUCGUAAAUUGGGCGGUCUUAGGGUUCUCAAUUCCUACUGGCUCAAUGAGGACUCAACUUACAAGUAUUUUGAAGUUAUCCUUGUUGACACUGCCCAUAACGCUGUCCGAAACAACCCGAGAAUCAACUGGAUUUGCAACCCUGUCCACAAGCACAGGGAGCUUCGUGGUCUUACAUCAGCAGGGAAGAAAUACAGAGGUCUUCGUGGUAGGGGUCACUUGAACCACAAGAACAGGCCAUCUCGCAGGGCUACAUGGAAGAGGAACCAGACUCUCUCCUUGCGCCGAUACCGUUGAUUUUGGCUAUUUGGUCAUCUUUUUGAUAUCAUUUGUCAGGUUCUUUUUUUGGGUCUGCGACGCUACUUUGUCCUGUAAUUGAUAUUACUGAGUGUCUGAGCUGGUUAAUACUGUCUAUAACAGAAGCCUGAGCAUCUUAGGUUUCUCCAGUGUUGGUUAUGGUUACUUUUCUUACCUUUUUGGGUUAUUAUCUGUGGGAUGUUAAGUUUUUAGUUGAAAUGAAAGAUUGGAAACUUUCUUAUAAU